ACUUGUCACGGAAUGACAAAGAACAACAAUCCGGCAAAGAAUAAAUAAAAGAAUAGAUAUGUCUGCAAUUAAUUCUCACAUGAGUUCAUCGAGUCAUACAUGCUGUAAUCCUCGAUGACCCCACGACGUCAUAAGUGCACACUGGUUGGCAUUGGUGAUCUCAUGUCAGGAAUGUCUGUGUUCUGCACGGUUAACGUGUUCAAGGCUUCCUAAAAAAUGUCAACCGAUUCGGGUGGAAAACUGAUUGAACUGGUCAACAUAUUUACUGGAUGUUUUAGAAGGAGGAAAAGUUCUGUCAUCCAACCGUUAGAUACUAAUAAUACACAAAGAACAAAGAGACAGAUAAAGUUGCCACGCUUUAAGGAAGCAAUAACACCUUUUAUAUAUACACCGAAACGUAAGCGCGUGAUCAGAAAAAACGACGCAUUCAUGCAAGAAUUACGAAGUGAGUCUUUGUUAGCCUCUGGUUCCACUACAAGUGACAAUCCAAUUUUAAAUAUUUGUCUCGGAUUUAAAAAUGAAGAGCUUAAGCAUGGUGGACCAAAGAUUUACCAUAAAUCAUACUGCAUGUCACACUGGGAUAGAGUGCUUUCCUGUAGGAAAGGUUUAAAUAGAAUGAUUGGCUAUACAACAGGUUGUAAUGAACCAAUAGUUGAUAACCUCCCAGCAUCACUCUGGAUGGAAUGUUUAGAACCAACGCUAACCGUGCUGGUAACGCUGAGUGCAAUGAAGCAUAGGCGCACCAAUUUAAGCAUAAAAAGUAUAUCGGACAGAACUUUGAACUCAAGAGUAAGAGAUUCUCGAGUACUCCAUGGUGACUAUAACAGAGACCCUUGGAUUGGGUUAAUAGGUCCUCGCUUUAUACGUACUGAUCACAAUGUGUUAAUACCAACUGAAGAAGUAAGGCCAUCCAGGAUGCUAGACUUUGGUGGAACAGUGCGUUUAAAUGUCGACGUUGUUGUUGAGCGCAAUGAACGGUCAACACGAAGGAAUCAUAACAGGACCAUAUUAACCCUUCCUGCGCAUGAUCCAUAUGAAAUUGAUGAGGACGAGCCUUUGGCAUACACAUUCCCGGAGAGUGAAUUUGAUGAUGAUAGUGAUGACAGUGAUAUUGAUGGUAUAUUCAUUGAUUCAGAUGAUGAAUUUGUUGCCAACAAUAUCAACCAAUCAGCUUCACCAAACCAUCAAGCAACUGGAGACAAUGCUAAAAUAGUGUAUACAGAUAAAUCUAUAACUCAUAACACGAAUCUAACCUAUAUUUCUAAAAGUAGGUUACGGACAUGGCGAUAUCAUGCAAAUUUUGGUGCCUAUACAGUCGUGGAGGCAGAUGACCAGAAGCUAGAGAAAGCAAAGACAAUGCAGAAACACUGGUCUGAAUAUCUUGACCAUUUAUCAUCUGGUUGUCAGACAGACAAAGAAGCCGAUGAUUUACAGGAAGGGUUAUUGGAGGAUCCCGCCUAUAGGAGAAUGUUUUUGAAAGAUGCAGUAUUAUUUUUAGAAGAUAUUGAUAGGCAAUCACAACUUAAGCAGAAAGAGGCAGGAGAUUCAGUAGAAAACCCGAAUGACAGUCACACCUCCGACAAUCAAUCAAAAACCGUGUCCAAUGAUUCAAAUACCAACUAUGUUAACCCUGAUGAAGCACGUGAUCGAUACAUCCGCCACAAAAGCCCCAUUCAAAGAGACCAUUCUAACACAAGUGAACUUACUAUACAGUCAGUUUCAGAUACUUCACACGUGGAUGACGAACUACCUUCCCUUCCGGAGACACCAAUAAAAGACAAGCAGUUAAUGUUUGAUGACUAUGUCAUUUGUGAUGUUAAACCAAGAUCGACCGAAUCUCAAAUUAGUUCAGGAGAAUCUAUGGAGUCAAUUUGCACGACUGUUACAGAUUCCUGCAAUGAUAGUGAAGAAUUGUCGUCCGAACCAUUACACGAAGCCGUCAUCAUAGUGACAGACUCGUACGUUAUUCCACAACAUAUUCUAGAUAAACAUUUGGAAUCAAAACAACCUAAACAUUUCCCGUCUAAUAAUGAUUGCGCAGAAAUGACCACCUCUUCAGAUUUAUUGUCUGUCUAUGCUGAUCGGUCAUCUGAGGACAUUCAUUCGAGUGAAAAGGAAUGUGAUAUACUCCAAAACUAAAAUUAAAUUCUCAGAAAAGUCCAGAAAUAUAAACAAAAGAAGAAAAUCAUUUAACAACAAAAUGUGUCUGCAACCAGUUACUUAGAUGACGCACCAAGUAUAAGCUUUCGAAUACAUUUAUUAUCAGACGCAGAACUAUUUUUUUAUUAUAUAUACGUCUCAAAAUGACCGUCAACAUAUUGCUUAACUUAAUAUGCUUUAUAUUUAUGAAGGCUGUCUUUUAUAAUAUUUUGACAUAUGUUUAAUGUAUGGAUUUCAGAAAAAUAAAAAUACAGUUUCGUGCAUUUGA